GAGUAACGUCCCUUAGGAGAAAUCACGAGAUUUGUUUACAUGUGCUUCUGAAUUUUGCUUUUUAUGCCUAAAAAUGACAGCAGACCAUAUUUUUCAAGAUGUAAGCAACUUGUACAGUCGUGUGUUUGACCACCGCCCUGUUUUACAAGGAAAUAUCAAUUAUUUUGUCAAAGAAUUUGAGGAAAAGAGAGGAGAUAGAGAACAUACGAGACUACAUCAAAUUGAUCAAACUACUAACAGACUCAAUAAUCAGACCAUUCCUGAAAUUUGUAAUGUGUUACAAGAUAACUUUGCUAACUUAAACAUCCAAAUAUCUACAGCCACAGAAUUGAUCAAUAAAAUUGCUGAAAAAGAUGGCAAAGUUGAGAAGCCAUUGUUGGUCUAUCAACAACAAAGACGGAAGGAAAUUUGGGAUGAAUUUAUGGCAACACAGAAAAAUAAAUCAGAUUCAGCAGAUAAGGAUUACGAAAGACAAGUCAAAUUGUUGCAAGAACAUUACACCAAUUUAGAGAGUGCUUUAAGCAGCUCUGUAGCACCUGUUUUAUAGCUGGGACAGGCUUGUAGAGGUGGGGAAGGGUAAUAGUGAAUUGUGAUGUGUGAUUAAAAGAAGGGCGUUGGGAGGGAAGUGACUCUGUUGUUAUUUGUGUAUUAACCAUGUUGAUAUUUUUAUAUAAAUAGAUAUAUUUUUAUGU